AUGCAGACACAGUUUUUCCAAAAAUUUACGAAGCGCUCAGAGACCGUAACGCUCGCAUCGUAUAAACUGGCUUGGAACACUGCACGGGCUAAAAAGCCAUACAAUGAAGGGGAGUUCGUUAAAAAAUGCGUCAGUGACAUUGUUGAAAUCUUGUCUCCUGAAAACGACAAACUAAAACGCAUGGUAUCAGAUGUCCAACUGUCCCGCCACACUGUUGAACACAGAAUAUCAGACAUUAACACGGCAAUUGAAUCACAGUUGCACUCUGACCUUCAAGCAUGUGAGUAUUUUAGUGUCACAUUGGAUGAGAGUUGUGACAUACAAGACAAGCCUCAGUUGGCAAUAUUUGCACAGUCUGUGUCAAACGAUUGUGUGAUCAAAGAAGAACUCCUUGAUAUUGUGCCAUUAAAAGACAGAACCCAUGGCAUAGAUGUGAAAGAAACAAUGAUGGCUGUAUUUGAGAAAGCAAAUCUGCCCAUACCGAAACUAACUGCAAUAGCUACGGAUGGAGCGCCAGCCAUGAUCGGAUCAGUGAACGGGCUUGUGGGGCUGUGCAAAGCUGACCAAACAUUUCCCGAGUUUUGGAAUUUCCACUGCAUCAUCCACAGAAAGCAACUCGUGUCCAAAUCAUUGAAUUUAGACAACGUCAUGAAGCCUGUGAUGGAAAUCGUCAACUACAUCCGCACACAUGCGCUUAACCACAGGCAUUUCAAGAAUCUCAUCGCUGAGCUGGACCAAGGGCUUCCAGGUGACCAGCCACUGCACUGCACUAUGAGGUGGCUGUCAAAAGACCAAGUACUCUCUCACUUCUUUGAGCUUUUGGAUGCCGUGAAACUGUUAAUGGAAGAGAAGGACAAGGACUAUGGCGAGCAAUCUGACCUCAAGUGGAUUAUGGAUCUGGCCUUUUUGGUCGACAUGCUGUGUCACUUGGACAGACUGAACUUGACCCUGCAGGGUAAGUUAAAAAUGCUGCCUGACCUGGUGCAAAGCGUGUUUGCGUUUGUCAACAAACUGAAGCUGUUCAAGGCGCAUAUUCAAAAGGGAGAUUUAACGCAUUUUCCCACUCUUCUAAAAGCUAGCGGGCAAGCCACCAGCGCCGCCCUGAAUAAGCAAAGAGCCAGAUAUGCAACACUGGUUGAAAACCUGCACGAAAGCUUUGUGACCAGGUUCCGUGAUCUACAACUGAAAAGGCCACAGAUUACGUUCCUCGUUGACCCAUUUAAUGCAGAGACUGACUGUUUGAAAGCCCCGCUAGUCACAGAUGAGGCUGCGGCUGAGUUGGAGAUGAUCGAUCUUUGUGAGGAGGACCAACUGAAACCUGCUUUAAGGGAAGGGACCAUUGAGUUCUGGAAAAGUGUGCCAAUGGAAAAAUACCCCAAUGUCAAACGGGCUGCGCUUAAGAUACUGUCAAUGUUUGGAUCAACAUACGUUUGCGAGUCUGUGUUUUCUACCCUGAAACACGUGAAAUCAAAGCAUCGAUCUGUUCUGACUGACACCCAUGUGAAAGAAUUGCUUCGAGUGGCAACAACGGAAUACAAGCCAGAUUUGAAGAGGAUUGUUCAAGGCAAGGAAUGCCAGAAGUCCCACUAA